CUCUUUUUUAUUAUUCAUGGCACAGUUCUACUUUUGAGCUUUAAAAUUAAAUGAACUUUUUGUCUCCUUAUUUUAAGAAAAAAACGUGUGUACAACAAAUAUCCUACGCCAUAUAUAGGCGUUUUCCUUUUUUUUCCCCUUCUUUCUUUCUCUUUUUCUCUCUCUCCCUCUCUUUCUAUCUUUGCUUGUUUGAGCGUGUUCGGACCCACAGUUGAUACAAAUAUAAACCAAGUGGCAAAUAUUAUCUUGGUUUUUUGAAAAGUUACAAUGAGUCCAACCUACAGUUUACAACCUUCUACAAUUGAAGAGCAGCAAAUCGAUAGUGAAUCAGCCGGCCAACUUGGUUGUUUAAGAAAAAAGAAAGAUGAAAGCUUGGUCAAUGCAUUAUUGACCAAAGAGUCUGAAAUCGCUGCUCUAAAAGAAGUCAUUGACAAGUGGAGAACUAGAGCACUAGAAGCAGAGGCCAUGAAGGAAUACUACUGCGAGCGGUUUGAAACAGUGCGAUCACAGUUUGAAAAUGAAAUCAUGGCCAUUGAAGAAGAAUACGUUCAUAGACUGAGCGAAAAAGAUGAAAUCAUAUUCGGUCUCAAACAGGAAUUGCAUUACCUUGUUACCCAAGUUUGUCAAGAUGAGUCAGUACAAGAAGAAGAAGUGAUUGACGAAUAUGAUAACAUUAGUAUUAUCGACAGUAUCUAUGAUCGAGACAUUGAACAAGGUUUUGUGCUAUCUGGUACGGAUCGACCCUCUUGCUACGACACUGUACGAUCCGAGGAUAUAUUAGGCAGUAUACAGAGCACUGUCAAAGCAAUUGAACAAGAACUAGGUAUAAACUCUGAACAAUCUAAGCUACAACACCGUCGUUCAUUGUCUGCAUCUACCUUGAUUGAAGCAGCUCAAACUACAUCCAACAAAAAAAAGAGUAGUUCCUUCUACAGCAUGUUGAAGGUUCUCCCCAAAAUACUCAAAAAACAAACCUAUCCACUCAUUAAGAAAAAUAAUAAUAAUAACAAUGAUGUAUAUAGUUGGAAGCAAACACCAUCUCCUCCUAUCACAGGUGAUGAUCAGCAACAAUUAGUUAUAUAUCGUCCAGAACAAUUCUCUAUGUCAAAUACAGAUAAUCAUCCCAAGACAGUUCCUGUCUAAGUUUAUAUACUCCCCCCCUGUCCAUUUCCUUUGUUUAUAUUAUAUAUAUACUUCCCCACACUCUGUUAUUAUGAAUAUAUGUUUAUUGUGAUUUAUGUCCCCCCUUCCCUUUAAAUACAAUAAAAAAUCC